UCCGGGAAAAUGGCAUCGAAAGAGGAUGAUCGUGGGAUGAGAGUCAGUCGGAGUCUGAAUUAGAUGAGUUUCCAGUACGAAUGUCCACAUGUCUGGCACAAUGACGUCACGCCGUGUGAUCCGGCUUGCUGUCAACUCCAGGGCGUGGAAGCCGACGGAGGGGGAGUGGACGCUGGCGGCGCAGUGUGUUCAGAAGGAGGAGAAGGAGAGGAUCGGGAAAUUUGUCUUUAAGAAAGAUAGCAAGCCGUCGAUGAUUGGACGGCUGUUGAUUCGGAGGGUAUUGGCAGACAUGACAGGAAGAGACUUCAUCGACAUCCGACUCCGGAGAACAGACAAGGGGAAGCCGUUCUUGGAAACAGCAGGCUCGGGGGAGGAUUUCCAUGGAAGUUUCAACGUCGCCCACCAUGGUGACUACGCCGUGUUGGCUGCAGACGCUCACCAUGCAGUCGGUACUGAUGUCAUGAAAGUUGAACACAGGAAGGACAUCAGGAAGUUUUUCUCCACGUUGCGGCGCCAGCUGACGGAGCAGGAAUGGCUGACGGUGGAGAGACAGGAGGGGGAUAAAGACAAGAUGGCCAUGUUCUACAGAUUCUGGUGUCUGAAGGAGAGCUAUGUCAAGGCUAUAGGAACUGGAAUUGGUUUCCAGGUCAGCAGGUUGGACUUCCAUGUCCCAACGGAGAAGCUUUCCAUGAACCGGAUGGUCCGAGACACAUCUGUGUAUUUGGAUGGGAAGAAGCAAACUGAUUGGUUGUUUGAGGAGACUUUGUUGGAUGCGGAUCACUGUGUUGCCAUAGCAACCAAUAUAGGUGCAACUGAUACCUACAAGGAGUCUCAGGAUGCCAGAUCCUUCGAGUUCUUGACUGCAGUGGACCUGUUAUCCCGGUGUCGCCCUCUGGUGGGGAGUCAGCCCGACCCCGAGUACUGGGCAAUGUUCAGUGCGAGACAAGAGUCACCGAUGGCCCAGAGGUCAUAAUGGGCAGUAGGGGUAUCUUACCCCUGAACCAUGGGAGAUAACUCCAGUUGACUGUUGGAUAUGAUGGACAUGACUGUCAUGGGUAGACAUCUUGUGUCUGUGCAAAUGAACUUUUAAUGAAUGAGUGCCGAAAAUAUGCAAGUCAUACGCUGGAGUGUUGUUGAAAGCAAAAUAUAACUGAAGUGUGAAAAAAUUGUAUUUUGAGAACUGUCUGUUUUUCUCUUUCGGGUGAGCUCGUUAUCAAUGAAAUAACAUCAUCCUUGUUUUUCAUUUCAUAGAAUAUGUGUGUCUCUACUGCUAGUUUCUGGGGGCUGUGUGAAAGGGGGGACAGUGCUCCAGGACCAGUAGGUCUAUGUCUGGGCAGAAAACUUGUAUUGUGAUAUACUGCAAAUCAGGUAUCAGUAUGCGAGGCGUAUUGCGAUAUAUUCAGGGCUAGAGUGUUUGACAGUGAUUAACAGUGAUUACUCAUGCAGAUCCUACUUCUACAAACUCAAGUAAAUAUUACACAGCGUGGUCAGUCAACACCAUUUUGUAGUCAUUUAACAACAAAAAUAAUUUUCGCAUUUCCUGUUUUCUCUAUCAAUUUCAAAGGGAAACAUAAUUAAUAAAUGAAUUUCAGUGUGAAUUUUAGGUUAAAUGAUACAAUAUAUGUUAUCGUUACCCAAUAUAUCAGAACACAGAAAAAAAGUUGCAAUACGUAUCGUUUAGAAAGCAUAUUGCGGUGUACCGGUAAUACCGUGCAGUUUGAAUGACCUGUUUAUCUGGACAGGCAGUGUGUGAAAUGUUGGAUUAAUUACCAAAGUCACCAACUUCAUGGUAAUACAUGUACAUGGUAUCGGCGUUCACGGACAGAAGAGAGUGGAUGAAUGGCUUUGUUUCACUGACAACUGGUCCUAGGUUUGACCCCCAUUGAACUUGUUUCGAGGAAUCUGAAUGAGAAGUUGUGUAUUACAGUAGUUUUCCUUCAUUUGGGAGAUGGUGUGGGAUGGUGCUUUGUGGUUGUGUGCAAUGAAUUAGCGUGUCAGUUGUUAAUAUAAACCAUUCUUAUUUUUUAUGAAUAAAACAUUCUCCGAAAA